UCAGAUCGUUAGACGACAAGAUUGGUUCCUUCCAGAUAUGGCACAAGUUUUGGCAGUUCAAGGAGACGUAAGACAUGGUUUUUGUUACAACUGCACUUUCAACCAUGACUUCGCCCGAAUAACUGGACUAGCAGCUUCAUCUAAUGGCAAUCUUGUUUUAUGCGACCAUAACAACAAGACUCUUAUUUUAGUUGACAAUAUUGGAAAUUAUAUUACCAAGCUGAAUGUAGACAGUGAGCCAUUCGAUGUGGCUAUUACAUUUCAAAAUGUAGGAUAUAUUACUCAGCCUAAUACAAGAUCUGUAUUGCAGAUAGAUCCAGAGAGGAUGGUUGUUCUAUCGAAACACACAUGCAACGAUUUAAAGACUACCCUGACAUCAACGGUUAAGGGUUUAGGAUCAUUUGUCGUAAAUGAGAAGGGAUAUUCCUUCAUAUAUGAUUACUCAAACAUAAGUGCCAUUGGAGACACUGGAGCAUACACAGGUAAUAAAGGAGUUUGUAUUGGAACUGGUGUUGUGAAGACACAUACAGUUGAUCAAGAAACUUAUUUUUCUUGUGCAGUUGGCACAAAUGAUAUAAUGAUCAGAAAGAGAGGAAUUCAAGCUUAUAGUACUGAAAAAGAUUCUAGCAUCACAACAAUUGACACACCGACUGAUAUAUGUUCUAAUGAUAACAGUCACCUCUACGUCAGUGGACAAGGUUCAAACAACAUACACAGACUUACACAGGCGGGAAAGGUGAUAGAUAUACCACUUCAUUCUCAGCAUGGAAUAAAACAACCGGUCGCCAUGUGCUUCAACAAAACCUAUACUAAAUUAUACAUUGUCAAUGAAUGGGGAAAAUCAGUUUUGGUUUUUAACGUUUGUUAAUGAUUGAUCACAAUGAUCUUUGAUGUCCUAUUUAUGGGCAUUAUGUGCUCUGGUUUGAGCGUUCGUUCGUUCGUCUGUCCGUCCGUCCGCCCGUUUGUCCGUCUGUCCCGCUUCAGGUCGAAGAAAUAUUUGAUGAAGUUGAAGUCCAAUCAACUUAAAACUUCGUACACGUGUUCCCUAUGAUACCGUACAGCGGCUUAUUUUCGCAGGUGUAAAAUUUCGCGAAUUUCAUUGAAUAAGAUUUACGAAAUAUUUUGGCGGUUUUUAUUUUGGUGGAUUAUUGAUACCAUUGCAUUAGCUCUUUAAAUUGGUGGAUUUUUUUUUAGCGCUUUUGAUCUAUCCGCGAAAAAAAUCGAAAAUUAACACCACGCGAAAUUAACCCGCUUUUCGGCAUGAUCUUUCCAAUUUUAAUGCCAAAUUAGACAUUUCCCCCCAUUUUUCACAGUCCACUGAACAUAGAAAAUGAUAGUGCGCAUAGGGCAUCCGUGUACUUGGGACACAUUCUUGUUUUUAAAUAUUCUAGUCAAAUACACCAUUAGAUGUAUGAUUGUUGUAUUUUAUAAUUGUAUGCUAAAUUAAUUAUAUUUUCGCAAAAGUGAUACGCAAAUCCAAUGUAUAGUACCCCGGAUAAAGUAUUAAUGGUAAAACUUAUGAUGCAUAUUAUAAUUAAUUUUAUGCAACAAAAUGACUUGGUUAUCUAGUGAUUUGCUUUAAAUAAGGACUAACAUAUUUUCUCUUGUGCAUGUAUGUAUCUGUUGGUUAAUAUUUUUUGGAUAUUGCUUUUGCUCAAAACAUUUUUCUGACAAAU